AUGCCACUUCUAGCAAGGUGCAGCGGAAAUCGGGGAAUGACUCGACGUCGAUUCCUAAUCGACGUCCUGAUAGUAAUGUUUGGGAUCUCAGCGUGGGUUGGCGUCAACGGAAUCUACGUCCAGCUCCCUUUGCUGGUGUUGACGGCUCCCGAGGGCUGGUCAUUGCCAGCUUACAUCGUCGUAAUCGUACAAGCCGCUAACAUUGGUCCCGUGCUCUACGCCUUAUGCCGGAAAUUCUUCCCCAACCUCUGCAAAGAGUCAGCCUGGAUAUCAAGCCUUCUCAUUCUUGGAAGCGUAGCCAUGGGCACCCUGGCCUUUGUCUACGAAACAAAGACCAGCAUCAACGGAACCGAACACAGCGUAGCUCUUCUCGCUCUCAUAUUUUUUACCGCCCUGGUGGGUUGCUCAAGCUCCGUCCUCUUCGUUCCCUACCUCAGGAACUUCCAGGAGGUUCACCUUGUCUCGUUUUUCGUCGGCGAGGGGCUCAGCGGGCUGCUUCCUAGUGCGGUAGCCCUCGUUCAGGGCGUUGGCGGCAACGAAGAGUGUAAAGCACCCGAGUCGAAUUCAACCAACGACACCGCAUCGUCCGAUCACGAAGUUCCCCACUUCUCACCCAAAAUUUAUUUCCUCUUCCUGUUCGGCUUGCUUGUUGCUUCCACCUGUGCCUUCUGGAUACUCGAGUGCUCCUUGGUCUCUCAAGACAAGAGUGACCCGAAGUUAUCGACGGUAUUCCGCACCCCGUUACCCCAUUGCAAUCAGUGUCCAUCUCACGAAAAUCUCUCCUCCGGAAUUCCGAAGUUCGAAACCCGUAUAGCCGAAGAAGUCACCGAAGCGACCAGCCUGCAAUCAGACACGACAAUUGCAUACAACGGUGUCGUCAGAAGUUACCUCUACGUCUUGAUCGGUUUGAUCUGCUUCGCGGGAAAUGGAUUCCUACCAGGGAUACAGUCGUAUUCGUGCCUCCCUUACGGCAAUGUCGCUUACCACUUGACGGUCACCCUGGCCCAUCUAUCGAAUCCCAUUGCGUGCGUUCUCGCUCUGUGGAUGCCUCCGCCGGGUCCACGCGGCAUCACAAAAGUAUCGACCUUGGCAGUUAUCGCCAGCACAUAUGUCACUUGGCUGGCAUUCUCGUCACCGACGCCACCCUGGCGAGGCACCACCCUCGGCACAAUCCUCGUCGUGCUUGCCUGGAUCGCCCUGACAGGCCUCGUGACCUACGCGAAACUCUCCAUCACCGCGAUAUUCAGACGAGAAUCAGGGGCCAGCUCGUUGUUUUACGUCGGCGUCGUCACUCAGGCGGGAUCCGUUGCUGGUGCCAUAUUCUCUUUCGUUCUUACCAACUAUUCUACCCUUCUUACUCCAUACAAGUCUUGUAUUCCUUCCUGGUGACCUAAUUAUCCGGAGUGGGAAUAUUUUUGUCAAGCACUAAAUGAUCUGGAAGAGAAAGACAUUCUGCAUAAUUGUUCUCACGGGUAUAAGACUUUAAUGAAAUAAGUGUCUCCUGUAUUUUCUUAGGUAAAUCAUAGUGUACAAUUUUUUUAGUCACCAUUUUUUACCUGUAAUACGGUAUAUCUAAUCAUGGACAGACAUUUUGGCAAAUUUUCUCAUUGCCAUCGAAUUAUUGAGGAAUCAGUCAGCUCCAAGAUAUCUUUUCAAACGUCUGAAAAAUUAUCUCUGUUCGUCAAAUGAAAAGACUUUAGAAACUUCUGUAUCUGACUCAGUGAAAAACAGAUUUGCAAUAGCGUUCCAAUUUCA